GCAACAUCCAAUUUCGGAGACUUCUCCAAGCCACUUUCUUCUCAAUCGUUCAACGGCCCCGAUAAAGUGGCGCAUCACCAUGAGUCUCUCAUCAGUAUGCACGGCCUUGGAGCCGUAUGUUGACAUCCCAUUCAAUGCAUCGCUCAGUGGGAUUCUCUUCCUCGCUUACCGGUGCCUCAUCUUCAAACCCGGCCUUCUCCUCACCAUCGUCUACGCCACCAGCGCCAUCAUCGUCCUCUUCGAUCGGACCUCCACCAAAGGAGAAAUGGCCAAGACAAUGGCCGAAAUGCCCCUAGGCCUUGGCUCCGUCCUUCUCUUCAUCGUCGCUAGCAGACCGACCAAAGCGGAAUGGCUCCAGGCUUUCACCAUUUACGUCAACUUUGCGGUCUAUGGCAAUAUUCUCAUGAUGGUCGCGACGCCUUAUGGAGGGACCUUCCGUGGCAUCUGCUGCAAAGUCGCUUGCCUCUCUCUAUCCGCUUGGAUUGUUCUACAAGGGUACCAAGUGCAGUGGAAAACCAUCAUGCUGCAUGAUGACCUCUUUGUUUUCACCGCUUCUUCCAAGAGCUGGAUUUUGGCGCACGCGGUCUACAGAUUCAUUCUACUCACGCUGCCAUGCUUUGGAUCUGGAAGACGCCAUCGGCUUAUGGAGGCGUAUUCCCUCAGUCUGACGUAUUUAUUGUCGUGGAGUACUGGGCUGCCGUUUGAGUACUGCUUCGGCAUGGCGGAUACGAUCGUGGCGCCUGCAGUCACGGCGUGGUCAUCUGUUUCCAAGACUUUUAAUCUCAUUCCGCGAGAUGCGGGAAAGAGUCAGUCCUCCGCGAGCGGCAUAUCGGACACUGGGGAUAUAUGCUUGGGAAUCGUCGCACUCGCUGUUGCUGCUUAUGCCGGCCUUAACGCGCUGUCUCUGAGUCGUUGACCCACUCUAUGAAUGAGAUGCGUUUAUAUGACGGUCUCAGUGGGCACUUUGCGUAUGCUGGUAUUCCUGAUUACAGGUAGUUGUUUGAGUUCGUUGUAACUAUACAAUAGAGGAGGCUUCUAGGGAAGAUCAAUAACACUCUAUUUCUUCAACAGCUGCUUGAAUUAUUCCUUUAGCUACCAUGGCCCCUUUUUGAAUAGCUUCAGCUGACCUGUCAUUCAGAACAUGGAGGAAGGUAACAUCGCGAUAUUGACGCUUGAGGUCUGCGUUUGCGAGAGACUACCAAAA